CAUUUCGAUUCUCCAUAGUUAUCAACAAAGAUUUUCUAGAUAGAGAAAAACUCCAUUAACAACACAUUAUCCUUCUCUCUCCAGCUCAGUUCACUGCUUCUGAAGAAGAACCUCAAGUCAAUUUUCUCUAUUUCGGCUUCACAUAAUUCGGGUCGGGUCAGGUCAGGUGGGAUGGGUGACUUAUACUGUUCGGACUGCAAACGGAACACGGAGGUGGUAUUUGACCAUGCCGCCGGUGAUACAGUUUGUUCGGAGUGUGGACUUGUACUGGAAUCGAGGUCAAUAGAUGAGACGUCUGAGUGGCGUACGUUUGCUGAUGAAUCCGGCGAUCAUGACCCGAACCGUGUUGGAGGACCCGUUAACCCGUUGCUUGGUGAUGUUGGUCUAUCUACUGUCAUUUCUAAAGGUCCUAAUGGAAGUAAUGGAGAUUCAUCUCUAGCUAGGUUGCAGAAUCGAGGUGGUGAUCCUGAACGUGCCCUAGUUAUGGCUUUUAAGGCUAUUGCUAAUAUGGCUGAUAGGUUGAGCCUUGUUUCUACCAUAAAGGACCGAGCAAGUGAGAUAUACAAAAGGCUAGAAGACCAGAAGUGUACGAGAGGAAGGAAUCUGGAUGCCUUGGUAGCUGCUUGUAUUUACAUUGCUUGUCGGCAAGAAGGCAAAGCACGCACUGUAAAAGAAAUAUGCUCAAUCGCCAAUGGAGCUACAAAGAAGGAAAUUGGCCGAGCAAAAGAGUUCAUUGUGAAACAAUUGAAGGUUGAAAUGGGAGACUCAAUGGAGAUGGGGACUAUACAUGCUGGAGACUAUCUGAGACGUUUCUGUUCUAACAUUGGAAUGAACCAUGAAGAGAUUAAGGCUGUCCAGGAAACUGUCAAGAAGUCGGAAGAGUUUGAUAUAAGGAGGAGUCCUAUUUCAAUUGCUGCAGCAAUAAUAUACAUGCUAACACAGCUUACAGAUUCAAAGAAACCCCUGCGAGAUAUCUCAAUUGCAACCACAGUUGCAGAAGGGACUAUAAAGAAUGCAUAUAAGGAUCUCUAUCCACAUGCUUCCAAAAUUAUACCUCAAUGGUACCUCAAGGAUAAGGACAUUAAGAGCCUAAGCAGUCCCAAGGCAUAGAGGUUCGAUUUCUACAACACCUGCUGCUCUCGCUAAUCGUCUACCCUUUGGGGAAAGUGUGAUUUCUAUGUUAGGUAUAACGACAUAUGUCGGUUAAUGUAGUAUAGAAUCUCCUGUUAUAAGGCCUAAAUCUUCAAGAGAGUGCCCAGAAUAGAGACAAUUAGAUAGAUGUAUUGAAGUUAUUAGGGUUGUGUAGUAUAAUAUGUUGAUCCCAUUAGUAAUCAGAUUCUUUUUCAUUUAAAGGGAAACUUACCAAUUCAAAAGCAAGUAUAUUAAAUCGAUCUCAA